AUGUCCAGUCGACCGUCAUCCAGAAACCUCCUUGCCCAAUCUAUCCCCCAGAGUCCUCCGUCUCCAAGUAUACCUGCAGACCGUCUAGACAUCAAUGUCGUGGACCUCGAAGCGCUCAACAUUGCCCUCCAAAUCGAAGUUCGAAUGGACUUCUGGUCUUCCUGGCUAGAACAGAACGCUGACUUCGGCCGACACGUCAAUUGCGGAUCCCCUCAUUGUACCCAAGGCUGCACGCCUCUAGACGACUUCAUGGCUUGCGAGGCCUGCUUUUCGAAUGGCCAGCAAUAUCCCACCAAUUGUGGCCUGCGCACUCAAUUCCUUCGUGAUACUCUCCGUUCCCGAGGUGGUCUAACCAGCCGCCAAAUCACCGACUUCCUCCCCGUGUACACCCGAUUCAAACAAACCACUCUCGAUGGUAUCACCUCAUCGUCUUCUCGAAUCGGAAUGGAUGGAAGGAUGUUCGUUCUGCUGUCCGCAGCCAGGGACCAGCUUCAUGAUGUCAGACAGUCCCUUGCACCAAUCCCCCACGAGGCAAGGUCCCCCAUCCACCGUCUCCAGAACACUCUCAUACGCGCGCGCAAAGAGAAUGCUCGGAUCGUUUGCGAGUCAGUUCGUUCUCGGCAAAAUUGGAUGGUGCUUUCUCGUAUUAUAGAGGAGGCUCUUUACAAGUGUAGGCGCACAGGUGAUGCUGUCUCAAUCCUUGCCGAUGUGUCCGCCGAGCUCGAAAGGGCCGAGCGCCUCUCCCUGAUUUACGAUGCUGACGACACAGAGGAGCAUGAGGAACUCUACGAUCCUCUAUAA